GAGAGCGCGGAGCGCAGCCCGGCAUGGACACCUGAGACGGGGCCCCGCCGCUCGGCUCCCCGGAGAGCCCCCGCGGGAGGAUGGGACCCCCCGCGGGAGGUCAUGAGCUGUGGACCUUCAUACUGUGGGGUGGGCUGCUGCUGGCCACGCGACUUGCUCUAGGAACUGUGGAAAAAACCUGCAACUGCAGUACAGUUGUGGCCUUCUCUGAUUUUCAGGCCGCUCCAGCCCUCCAGACAUGCUGUUUGAACUUCACCAGGACUGAAAUUCUCUCCCUGGACUGGAGCCUCUUUGGUGGAGUAACAGGCCUGAGAGAGCUAUACCUCUCGCAUUGCAGCGUAUUGGACAUUGUCAAUGCACCAGGGGUGCCCGUCAUGCUGGAGAUUUUGCACUUGGAUCACAAUCAGUUGGAAAAGCUUCCAGAAAGUUUCCUAGAAGAUGCCCCCCGAUUGAGGAUCCUUCGAUUGGACGGCAACAAGCUUCACAAGCUGCCCAAAUCCUUCCUGAGAGCUUCCACCCAAAUCCAAGAGGUUAACCUUGGCUUCAAUGACUUGGCCUCCCUUCCCUCCAGUGUCUUUAAGCCAUCUCUCACCAGGCUCGGCCUCUCCAACAAUAGCUGGGAUUGCACCUGCACCUUGUUCAGUGACCUGGAGAAGUAUCCCCGAGAGCCACCCAGCGGGGACAUGCAGGGCUCUGUCGUGGUGUGCAGCACCCCUGAGCGUUACCGCAGCAUGGACAUCCGAGACAUCGGUAAGAAGGAGCUCUGCCGGGCACACAGCUUGACCGCCCUCUUCAUCUGCCUGCCCCUUGUGGUCAUUUUAGCCCUGGUCGCCUGGUGCUUUUGCAGGCAGAAGAGAAAGACGGGCUCUGCCCUCAGCCGCAGUCCGGAGUGCCACCUGGCCACAGCGGAGAGGAACGGUGCCAAGGGGCUGGCAGACCAUCACCACUAUAUCCAGUGUGAGCUGCCCACUGCCCCCACCGAGAGCGAGAAGAACAUGCUGCUGAGGAACCAGAUCCUGCUGAAGCCUUCCACUGCCCUGCUGGGGAGCAACCGGGACCUCUACGAAGAGGUGGAAAUCAAGCUGGGGGCCUUGGAUGAUUCCUUGGUGCUGGUCAACGAUGGGAGCCUCGACCAGGAGACGGGCCCUGAGGGGGUCCCCCCGGUGGCGGCAGCAGCAGACGAACUGGCGGGCAGCGAGCUGGAAGCGGAGACGGUGAGCGUGACGGACGUCCUGAAGGACUCGGUGGACCGAGAGAAGCUCUACAUGAGCCAGGCGGUGGAUUAUUACAACCUGGUGCCUGCCAUCGAGCUGGAGGACUCCGACCACCAGGAGUACGAGAACAUUGACCUGCACUGAGGCUUGGCCACUGAGGUGUCCUGGGAACCUGGGGCCGUGUCCUGGGAACCUGGGGCCGUGUCCUGGGAACCUGGGGCCGUAUCCUGCCCUUGCUGACAUCCAGCGCACUCCCGGGGGUGAGAGGGGAUGGGAGCUAGCGCAGGAUGCACCUGGAAGGCAGUGAAUGGAUAUCUUGUCAGUCAAACGACCAUUGUCAUGUCGAUCCAUUGGACUGGAGCGAGAGCAAUUGUACAUGAGGUAUAAAUGUCUGGAAAUGACUCCGGCUGGCUCAUUGCAGAGUGGGACGUGCUGCCUUCCCAAUUCCCACCCCCUCCACCCUCAAACCCCCUUUGCCUCUCACGGUCCGGUCUUCCCGCACAUGUCCCGCAUCAUAGGCUCCCGUGGCCGCCCACGACUGGUGGUCAGGGGCCAGCCGUCCUUAGCAGGGCUUCGUGCUGCUCCCUGAAUGCCCUGGAAAACAACAGGGGUUCAGGUCAGGAACCUAUCCGACCCCCUCCGGCGCGGCGUGAUUCCCCUCCUUCUGCCGAGGGGGUCGGCACUGCAGUGGCUGCGUGUCACCGCAGGGGCACGGAGCCGUCGGGGCACAGAGCCAUCAGCGCGACCCCGCGGGCAGGAGGCAGCUGGAGACGGGUCGUGGGCAUGGGGAGCGGGAAGCCCCAAGAACGAGGUGGUGGUACUGACACGGGUUGGGUCUGAAAAAGGCUCGGGUUGGGUUUUGGUCUCCCUCAGGCUUGAAUUAGACCCAAGCAGGCCUCUGCCACGCUCCCACCCCUGGCCUGGUUCUGCUCCUGCCUUCGGGGUGCAGGUCGGGACUAUCUCCAUCAAAGUCACUGGGGUGACCUGGGUGCAAAACCAGCAUGAGUGGGAGGAGGCUCAGGCCCUGGAAAUCCAAGGCUGCUCUGCUGGGGACAGGGCAGGGUCGCUGCGGGAAGAGGAGGGACCCAACGGUGAGGUGUCCUCGCGGCCCUUGCUGUCCAGAGAUGGGCUGUGCCUCUUUAGAGAGUCCCUGCAUUUCCCUGCAGGGCAGAGAGGGGACCGGCCACAGCUCCUGGUACCCCAAACCCCACAGCGUUAACAACGACCAGUGCCCUGGGGCACGAGGGCAGCAGCAGAGCUGAGCUCCCAGCUCCUGGCCCUUUAACAUCUGGGAGGAAAGUCAUUUAUUGCUGCGGGGACGUACAACACUGGGACGACGCAAAGCAGAACAGGCCAGCUCCCCUCUCCCCUUGGCUCGGGCUAAGGAGCUCAGGAUCUGGCCCUGCGUGUGUUGCUUAUGAGGCAGCCAGUCACCACGCCUGCCCUGCUGCCGCAAGAGUCACUGACAUCAGCCCCUCGUCCUGUGGCUCCAGGGCUCCCUAGGCCUGAGCGUGGCAGGGGUGUGGGCUGGUGGCUGGAGCACAGGAGUGGGAGGCAGGAACGCCACAUUCUAAUUCCUCUUCUGCCACUUCCUGUCUGGGCGGCUGUGGGCACAGCUGCUCCUCUCUGUGCCCCUAGCUGCCCUGUGGGGUAAAGCUGACCUGGCCCCCGGAGCUGGGAGGCUUCAUUCAGCGUGCAGAGCACAGCAGGAAGCUGAGAAGUGCUGAACUAAGCAGGCUUUGCAGCUGGCCGGCCCUACUGCUGGGCCAUGCGGGUGUUGGCCUCGGACAAGGGCCAGACCCAGCCACAACCACCCAGUCCCCAAACCCUUGUCUGGCCUCUCUGGCUCAUGCUCCCAGGGGCCCCAGUGCAGAGCUGUGUCAGGCUAUGGGGGGAGGCAGGCAGCUGGUGAGGGGCAUUUUAUCCUUGUUGGAGUAAUGAGGAUCUCCUGGUUUUCCCCUUUGAACCCCAGCCUCGUGCCCACCCCCUCCUCGCUGUCUCUUCCUUCCCGCCAGCUGUGGGGGCUCAAUGGGAUGGGAUUCCCGCUGCCCUGGAGCCAGCCAGAGACACGCCCAGAGCUCCCGCCCUGCCCCAGGCACUGAGCGUGGGCGCAGGGUGCAGUCCUUGCCCGCCGGGACAGCCAUGAACCGACCCUGCCUGCAGCCAGCUGGCAUGCUGCUGGAGCCCGGGCAAGCCAGCAAAGGGGACCCCUCCCCACGGGCCACAGGCAAAGCAGCUGAGGCUGAAGGAUGGUUUUAUGAGCAGCCAUAAUAGCUUCAACCCGAGGCCGACUUCUCCUGGAGAUCGACUCCGCAGCUUAUCUUUAUGAGGCCCGUGAUGCUGCAACAGCCAUGGCCCCUGCCGUGGCGCUGCUGGGAUCCCGCUGCCUUUCCCGGGCGGGUAUGUGGAGGAUCCCUGUUUCCACUCGGACCAGCCCACGGCGCUCUGUGCAGGGCAGCGUCUAGAGCCAGGCCGAGGCUUUCACAGUGGGUUCGGCCUCGCAGGGGACACAGGAUCAGCAGUGUCGGUGUAUCCCUCCCACCGCUGCGGACUUCUCCUGGGCUGCCCAGCCCAGCCCCACCCUGCCGUGGGUGAUGUGUACCCUUUGCACAGGGAAGCUGUCACCAGAGCAGGCCGGCUGUAAAUAAGGGCUAUUUACUGCCCUCUCCUCUGAGCUGGGCUCCAGUGGGAAAGAGGAGAAGGGAGCGGAGGGGUUGUAAAUCAUCCCCUACCCGGGGCAGGGCCAAGGCAGAGCUCAACGGAUACAUCCACUGAACCCUGCAGGGAGCAUAGGCUGCUGCCACUCCUACCUCAGCCCCUCACCAGGGCCCUGCCCUCUGCCCGUGGAGUUUCUGCCCAGACAGCCCAACCCCCUGCUGCCCUCGUAUGGCCUACGGGCAGCACUGGGGUCCCCCUGAACCCCAGGGUCCUUCACUCCAGCUGCCACAGCUCCUCCUUGGAAGAGUCACUGCGGCCAGUGCAAAGAAUCCUGGCACACAAAGGCUCAAGGAGGCAGAGGACGAAAGGAGACGAGAGGGAGCGAGGGCUGUGUGGGGGACGGAGCAGUGGGCGGCAAGGAAUUAAUUCCUUCCUUUCUCCGAGGCCACCAGGCUCUGGGAACUGAGACUUUCCUGGAUGCCAGGGAAAGGAGCAGUCUAGGCUGGGGUUAACCCUCCAUGGAGAGACGUACUGGCCCCAGGAAGGAACGGCAGAGUUUCGGGGAACGUUUCAUUAACAGUCACUCAGCCUCAGUGCCGGAAGGACAAGCAGGUUCACCAGACACACCCCGAACCUGCAGCCCUCUCCUGGUGAACCGACUAGCUCCCAAAGUGACCUGCUCCUGCAUGGCCUGGAUCUCUCAUAACCUUCAGGCUGGAUUCUCCCCUAGCUACCACAGCUUCAGUGGGUGCAAAGAUCUGACUGGGGAUAGGGGGAAGAAAGGGGUGCAAGAUGCUGACUAUAGCUGGCCUUACCAGACGUACCAGCACUAGACAUAAGGCAGGGCUGUGAGAUGAAAGAGCUCCAAGAAGGGGAGGGACAGAACAUGUUGAUAUCUCCGUUAGAGGAAGCUGCAUUUCCUGCAAAGAAUAUCGCUCAGCAAUCUCUGCUUGGCAAGGAGCCCCUGCCCCAUAUGUUGGUGCUUUGUUUUGAUUUGAGUAUUUAUUUAUAUCCCACCAAUGCUUUCUUCCAGGGGUUUACUUCAGGGUAAGUCCAAAACGCACAGCAGCAAACUAGUUAUGACUCAACACCAAGGCGGGAUCAAUAUCCACCGGGGUCUGGAAGUGAGGGUGCUUAGUACCGUGGAGACGCUCAGGGAAUACACAGUUUCCUUCCAGAGGGGUUGGAGGAAAGGCAGAGUCUUUUAAACAAUAGCACGUGGACAGCUCCGCCCCUUCCCCGCCUCGUGGAAAUAAAAAAAUGGUUAACAAAAGAUAAUGCAUUUAGUUUUCUCAAUGCCAGUUAAAUAUAUAAGACCCAGAGGGGCUACAGAAAAAUAUACUUAAUCUGCAUAUGUAAAUUAAACAAAGAAAUUGCACAUCAGGCUUUAAUGGGAUCUAACAUGUUUCACAAUAUCUUCAUUAACAUGCACUGACGAGCAGGUCAGUACCCCAAGGGCGAUCCCUGAGGAUUCCAGCAGGAAAUGCAGCUGGAGGACACAUCCAGGCAGGAAGGUGAGAGCAUUACUGGGACACGCAUGCCAUGCUAGAAAGCAAGCCCCAGAAAGCUCCUGGGCUGGCCUGCCGUUCUUUGUGUAUCUGCCUGCAGCUGUGGUGCUGGUCAUCCCAGCGAGCUAUGUUAGGCUGCCACCACGCCUGCUUCGUUACUUUGUGUUUAGUUAUUUCCCCCCCCCAGAGACAGAGCAGUGUGGUGUCCUCGCUCAAGAGACUGGAAACUAUUUUACGUUCCAUUGCAGCUUUCCUUUUUAAUCUCAAGGGGAGCUAGUUCAAGUCCAUCACGCGGUGAGAAACUGGCUCCUUUCUAGCCUUGAACAAACUUGGUCACCAAAGGGCACUCAACUCGGUAAUUCAAUAAAGAUGUGCUUGAGGGAUGCCAAACUGCUCAGAGUCUCAAAGCCGGAUUGGGUGCCUGUGAACAGAGUGGCUGCCUCCUGGGCACUCCCUCCUGGGCUGAGGUCACUCUGCUGGCACCCUGCCUCAGUUUCCCCACUUUCAGGGCUCACUCACUCAAGCUACCCAACAAACUCUGGUUCUGCUACUGCCCCGCCCCCCAGGCUGGGUUUAUUAAAAGAACAAAAC